UCUAGGCUCGGCUUGGAGGGAGGUGGAGUGGGAGAGGGCCAAGAACGCCACGAGUCAGGUGCGAGCCGAUCCGGGCUGAGUCCACUUCUCGCCCACUCUCUAAAUACCGCCGCCCCCCGUCGUGCCCCUUUCAGUAGAGAGAACUGGCCGACUUCAGUGGGGGUGAGGGGAGUGAAUGGCGGUUGCAGAGACUCCGAGGAAAGAAAGGUUCCACAACCAGGGCACUCGGGUUAUGAGUGCUGCUUCGUCCACCAAGCACUCCGUCCCUUCGGUCCGCUGUCUGCAGGUUUGUAGGUCUGUUGGCUUGUAGGUCGCUGCAAAAGUCGCUGUUAGGAAGGGGCAAAUUGCCUUGAGACCGUGCAGUUCUCCAACGCUGACUAGCUGUCUUUCCAUCUGUCCUUCUGCCAGGCCAUCUGGCCAUCACCACUGGGAAAGAAGCCCUGACAACAGAAGACAAGGGAAAAAGAAGGAAUUCACCUGACUUUGGCAGAGAUUCAUCACAACAGAGCCCCAGGAGCCUGGGGGAGGCUGAAGACAUCUCCUUCCCACCAUUACUCACUGCGGCCCUACGACUCUUCUUCAGUUGUUUAGAGCCAGACCCUCUCCUGUCCUGUCCCAAGGCUGGCACAGACUAGAGCAUGGGCAGGGCUCGGGAAGUGGGUUGGAUGGCAGCAGGACUGAUGAUUGGGGCUGGUGCCUGCUACUGUGUUUACAAACUAACCAUAGGCAGAGAUGACAGUGACAAGUUGGAGGAGGAGGAAGAGGAAGGGGAAGAUGACCAAGAGUUGGAUGAGGAGGAGCCCGAGAUUUGGUUUGAUUUCACAACUAUGUCUCAGCCCUGGAGUGAGGAUGGGGACUGGACUGAACCUGGGGCCCCUGAUGGCACGGAGGACAGACCCACAGGUGGGGGAAAGGCCAACCGACCACGCUCAAUAAAACAGCGCCCAUUCCCCUAUGAACAUAAAAACACUUGGAGUGCUCAAAACUUUAAAAAUGUCACUUGUGUUCUUGACCUCUCCAAGUGUCCUUUCAUUCAGGGUAAAAUAUUGUUUGCUCAGCGCAAAGACGCUGGCUUUUCAUUUAUCCACGAUGUCAGCAGUCAUUGGGCCAGCCUCUCCAUUGGGAACUGCAUCCCCAGUCCCCACCCCGCUGUCAAGGAGAAGGCUUUGCAUACCCUGGAUAACUUGAACGCGGGGGCUGAAAAUCAGGGCCAGAUUAAGAUGUACAUCAGUGAAGUGUGUCGGGAGACUGUGUCACAUUGCUGCAACUCAUUUCUGCAGCAGGCCGGAUUAAAUUUGCUAAUGAGCAUGACAGUUAUUAAUAACAUGCUUGCCAAGUCCGUUGCAGACUUGGAGUUUCCUUUGACACCAGAGGGAAGAGGAUGCGCUGAGGUUCAGGGUUUCAAACCAUUGACGGGUUUGUCUGAAAAGCCAGUCUUGGCAGGGGAAUUGCUGGGUGCCCAAAUGCUGCUGUCAUUCAUGUCCCUCUUUAAGAAUGGAAACAGACAGGUUCUGCCGGGCACCAUGGCCUCUUAAGUGGCCAUCCCGAACGGACUGGAACUGAACCCCCCCAAAAGCCGUUUGGUGAACACAUGCCCACUUGUGCUCCCACUCAGACUCUGCAGUCUCAAAGAUCCAGCCUCAGCCAAUCGCCCCACCCUGGGGUGAAAGUCACACUUGCUAAGUGGAGGAGCACACUCUGUUUGGCCAGGCAAGGGCUCGAAGAGCUUUGAGUAGCUUCUUGGCGGUGCAGUCCGCAGGCAGUGCGCAUUGACAACUACUCCCUUACAGCAGCCUUCUUCUUGUGGUAAAAGCGGUCAUUUCAGCUGCCAGCUGCGGAUACAGAGCAUCAUAUUAUAGCACCACGAGGGAUGCCUUUCCUGUGCUGGCCUCCCUGUCUAAGCUGGACCGUUUCGUGGAGACCAGCUACAUACCCGAGCUUGUGCUGAACAUGCAUUUGUUGCGGUUUCGGUUGAAUUCUCUUUCAUCUACUCUUUCUUCCAUGUGAGCUGAUGGACGACAAGCCUAUUCUUCAAAAGAGUACACUCCCUUUCUAUGUGCUGCACUGACUUGACCUCAUCCACCCAUGCCUACAUGCGUAUGUAUCAUCAAUAAAGUCGUAUGCUUUGAUGGGCAAAAA